CGCCGCACCCACAAUCCGCCGGAGCUGCCGCCCAGCGGGGACAGCUGGGAACCGGGUGCGAGUUUGCGCAGGCAGCGAGUGCCACCUCCUUUGGUCCGCUGCCCUCUCUGCCUAAUGAGCUGCACCAGGAUGAUCCAGGUCUUAGAUCCACGGCCUUUGACAAGUUCGGUCAUGCCAGUGGAUGUGGCCAUGAGGCUGUGCUUGGCUCAUUCGCCACCUCUGAAGAGUUUCCUGGGCCCUUAUGAUGACUUUCAACGACGAAAUUUUGUCAACAAAUUAAAGCCUCUGAAACCGUGUCUCAAUAUAAAACAGGAAGCCAAAUCACAGAAUGACUGGAAGCAUUCGCACAACCAAGCCAAGAAACGGGUUGUGUUUGCUGACUCCAAGGGCCUCUCUCUCACCGCCAUCCAUGUCUUCUCUGACCUCCCAGAAGAACCAGCGUGGGAUCUGCAGUUUGAUCUCUUGGACCUUAAUGAUCUGUCUUCGGGCUUAAAACUCCACGAGGAGAAAAACUUGAUUUUAGAUUUCCCUCAGCCUUCGACUGAUUACUUAAGUUUUCGGAACCACUUUCAGAAGAACUCUGUGUGUCUGGAGAACUGCUCUCUGCAAGAGCGAACAGUGACUGGGACAGUGAAAGUGAAAAACGUGAGCUUUGAGAAGAAGGUUCAGAUCCGUAUUACCUUUGAUACUUGGAAAAGCUACACCAAUGUGGACUGUGCCUACAUGAAAAAUGUGUAUGGAGGCUCAGAUAGUGACACCUUCUCGUUUGCCAUUGACUUACCCUCUGUCAUUCCAACUGAGGAGCAGAUCGAAUUCUGCAUUUCUUACCAUGCUAAUGGGCAGGUCUUCUGGGACAAUAAUGAGGGUCAGAAUUAUAGAAUUGUCCAUGUGCAGUGGAAACCUGAUGGCGUGCAGACACAGAUGGCAUCGCAGGACAGUGCAUUCCACCGGGUGCCACCCAAGACUGAGUCAGAGCCAACAAUCUUUGGCAGUCCUAGGCUGGCCAGCGGGCUCUUCCCAGAAUGGCAGAGUUGGGGGAGAGUGGAGAACUUGGCCUCUUAUCGAUGAAUGAAGCAACCUAGUGACUGGUCUUGGCCUGUCAGAGUCCCCAUGUAAUCCCAGGUCUAUAUUGCUCAAUAUUAGGAAGUCUUAGUUACUUUCCUUCAGUAAUUUAGGUUUGAGCUUUCGAGACCUGGCUACAAAAAAGAUAGCCACUUAAGAAUUUAGUGUUGGGGUCUACAUGGAUGAUGCUACCCAGUUUGGCUGUGGAGGAUCCAGUAAUAGCCUGGAACCCCACUUUCAUAAAAGUAAUAUGUUAUCAAUGCCAUUUCUCCUUCCCUCUCAAUUCACAAGCUUUCACAUUGAGGAAAGAAAGGUUGAGGAAAGCCAGUUGAUGGUGAUGGAAAGCUGUGUUAGUGGUAUGAGGAAUGUCUGAAAAGUGUUUAUAAAGGGUUCUGUAGCUUAAGUCAGAAUAAGAGCGGGAGGUCUGAUACUUAACCGUUGGUGAGAAAAAUGUAAGGUUAUUUUGUGUUUUUAAGUUGGUUUUACAGUUCUCUCCUGGGUAAAUAAUUUGUAGAGAGGAGAAAAAUAUCCAUUCUAUGUAUUCUUGUGGAGAAAAACCAAACUUUAGGGGUGUUGGGGAAAGGUGGAUUAUAUAACUCUGGAGAAUCAACAUUUUAAGGGAAGCCUUUCUGUUCAAACAUGAUGUAUCAAAAACCAUGAUUUGGGGAAACUCGAAGCAAAUCUGGUUUUGCAAUUGUCAUGUUAUAAGUGACUUUGUUUGUGACGAAGACAUCAUGCUCGGGUUCUCAGUAUAGAAUGCUGCUUAACCAAAAAGACAUGCCGGUGCCAAUGGCUAACAACUUGUAGGGACUCUAUGUCAUGUCAAAAAUAGCUCUUUGCAAGUGCCUUGAUUAAGCCAGAGUAUUGUAGUUGCUUAACCCAAAUAUCUGAAGGGUCAUCUGAUGACUCAUGAGUGUCUGGCCUCAUAAGAAGGUCCACUCUGUGUACUGGCAUUCCUCCUGCAAUGCUGUUGUAUCUUCGAGAGUGUUGUCAGUGUGCACAGCUCACGUCCUUCAUAUUGAAGGUGACUUAUUUUUCCACCACGCUUUUUCGAUGUGAUGUUGGAAGUGAGGACUGACACUGAUUCUCAGUUCAAGAAUCAAGUACCUUGCACAUGAAAGUAGCAAUCUGUUUUCUUUCCUAUAGUCCUCUUAUUGUUUUAAGUCUUUCUACCAAUUCCUUUGAAGUCAAAAUACUUUUUAAAAUAGAUGUGAAGUGUUUUGGAUGUGUUAUAAUGUAUUGGUUUUGAGGUGUGCAUAAAUCCAUUCUGUAAGAGCUCAAGGACAGGAGUCCCUGAAUGUUUGCUUCUGUCAUUGUGCAGGUCCAUUGAGAGAUGUUCAGAGAAUGCAGUUAAUUUUAACACGUGUGAUCUGCUAUGCUGGAAAAGUGCUAUUGGAAUAACUGCUGUGACAGUAUUUGAAAUACCCACAAUUUUGGCUAGCACCCACAAUUUUUCUACUCUAAAUAUUUCACUCUCCUAUAGUUAUGCUUAGUGAACUUCUCACUUUAAAAAUAAAAGUGUUUGAUAUGAGAUCUAA